AUUUCAACUGAAGGCGUCAGCAGCAUUAUGAGAAAAAUAUAUUUACUCCUUCUGAUGGCCCAAUUUGUGGUCUCGAGUCGAAAUUUAAACCAAAUUCUUGAUCGCGACGAAUGGAUUAGCAUUGCGAAGAAGUAUAUAAAGAACCACAAGCCGUAUAAAGUAAUAAGUUACGAGCCGUAUAAGCCACAAAUCGUUAACCUUACCAACUCAUUCGGUGGAGAAUUUUGGGAAACAACAAUAAGCCCGGAGGAAACAACUAAACACUCUACUGAGGAAUUUUCCACCACAGACACCACGCUUUUACCAGACUUAACAACAAACUCUGGUGAUACGGAUUUUAUGGAAACCACAACUAGUGCUUAUGACUUUUAUACAGCAACCUGGUCCACCACUGAAACUCAAGAAAUAACUACAGUGUCUCCAGAAACAAGUACUUUUAUUCAGACCACAACAGCGCAAAGCUUCUUUGAAAGGGACAGUACGACUUUAGAGUCUUUGGUGGAUAAAAUUAUUCAGGAGCAGCCGGAAACCACAACGGAAGUUUCGCUAAGCACCACAGAAACACCGGAAACUUUAACAUCAACCGAUGGCGAGUCUCUACCUUAUUACUCCACCAGCACGGAACCAACUGAUUCAACUAUCUGGCCUUGGUUUUCCUCUACAGAAUCGUCAGAUAUCACAACAGAAUCAAUAAUCAGCACAGAACCGCAGGAAAUGAGCACUUUAAUUGAUACUACAACACCUGAAUCUACCACGGUUGAAUCUGUGGAAGAUCAAAGUACGGAAACCUCUACAUCCUUGCUAGAUAUUAUUUCCACGACUCCUGGCUUCGAAACUACCACAACAUACUUGGAUACAGCUAUUGAAAGUACCGAAGAGACUUAUUUUGGAACUGAAACCACACCUUCAGGACUUAACUUUACAAAUCAAAUCCAAGAAGCCACAACUGAAGCCUCCAAAACCACAACAACGACGAAACGAGCAACUAUCGUGGAAGAUGCCAUCAGGCCGAAGAAGAGGAAAAUGAAGUACACUUCAGAUACAGAACCCGAAAUCUCAUGGGACUAG